AAUUCCAAAUUUAUCCUAAACCACCAUUUUAGCCAUUUUCCUUCCCUUCUUCUUAGAACAUCGCCGUCUCAGCCUCACCUCUCACUGUUGUGUCGCCCAACCCUCGCCAUCGCCGCCGUAAUCAUCAUCGAGAAUGCGCAUUCUCCCUGCAACUCGAACUUGUUCGUUCCACCCACCUUCCAUAAACAGAAACUCAUCACUCUCCUUUUUCAGCUCCCCCAAUCACCUCCGUUUUCUUCACCCUUCACAUUCCGCUACUGCAAAGUUUUCAAAUUCUAUUCAAUGUGUCGUUCGAUUCCGACCCUGUAUCGAUAUACACAAGGGGAAAGUGAAACAAAUUGUUGGUUCAACCCUUCAGGAUUUGAAGGGAGAUGGGUCGAAUCCGGUGACAAAUUUUGAAUCUGAUAAGUCAGCAGCUGAGUAUGCUAUUCUUUACAAACAAGAUGGGCUUACCGGCGGCCAUGCAAUCAUGCUCGGCUCAGAUCCUUUGAGCAAAGCUGCUGCACUUGAAGCAUUGCAUGCUUAUCCAGGCGGUUUGCAAGUAGGAGGGGGAAUAAAUUCGGACAAUUGUUUGAGUUACAUUGAGGAAGGAGCAAGCCAUGUCAUUGUUACAUCCUAUGUGUUCAAGAAUGGUCAAAUGGAUCUUGAAAGACUAAAAGAUCUUGUUAGAAUUGUUGGAAAAGAGCGACUUGUGUUGGAUCUCAGUUGCAGAAAGAAGGAACGUAAAUAUGCAAUUGUCACUGAUAGAUGGCAGAAGUUCAGUGAUGUGUAUCUUGAUGCUGAAGUAAUGCAAUUUCUAGCCAACUUUGCUGAUGAAUUUCUAGUUCAUGGUGUUGAUGUUGAAGGGAAAAAGCUGGGAAUUGAUGAAGAACUAGUAGCUUUGCUUGGCAAGCAUUCACCGAUUCCUGUUACAUAUGCUGGCGGCGUGACUGUAAUGGACGAUUUAGAGAGGAUAAAAAGGGCGGGGAUGGAGCGCGUGGAUGUUACCGUGGGAAGUGCAUUGGAUAUUUUUGGGGGAAACAUGGCCUAUAAAGAUGUUGUAGCUUGGCAUACCCAGCAACAGGCCUCCAUAGUUUAAUUACAUUAUGAUUUGAAACUUGUGUUAAGUUGUAGGAUCUGGUGAACUUGGACUUCUGAAAUUGUUUCUCAAGUUUGUAACCAUGUAUUUGGUGAUGUUUCUGUCAAUGUUUUUCUUAUGAUUUUAGCAUUUGCCUCAUUAUCCAAGUUGAGCAUCUACAUAACAUUGUGCACAAUAAACUUUAUCAAUGAAUUUUAAGUGCAA